AUGGAAAACUCUACCUUUCUGAAACAAGAAAAGGAAAAUCAAGAGCCAGAGGAAGCAGAGAGAACAUGGCAAGGAGAGUCAGAAGCUUCUCCCCAGGAUCCUGGUCCCCCAUCACCUGAAUACCAGGAAAAAGAGCAAAGGUCAGACACCAUACCCUCACCCAGAAUGAGCCUUUCUUGGGACCACCAGUCUAGAACCAGCCUGUCCCUGGGAGACCUCACCUCUGGAACAGGAGUGUCGUCAUCCCCUCCCCCGCCUCCUCUGGAGUUUUAUUCAAUUCCUGUCAAGGCUGAAACUACUCAGAAUCCUGUGGCUGAAUCAAACGCAGAGAGGGCCCCCAGUGGGAUUACUGACACCGGAACGCCUUAUUCUGCUCCUUGGAAACCAUAUUCUGCUGCAAGACAAUCAACUUCUCACUACAAAACCCAUACAGAGGAAAGUGCCUUCCCGCAGUCCCAGACACCCCAUCCUGACCUGUGUGGGCUAAGGGAUGCCAGCAGGAACAAGGCCAAGCACAAAGGGCUAAGAUUUGAACUUUUACAAGAGGAAGACUCAAACAGUAACAGUGAUCCAGACCAGCCUGAGGUUGGAGUCAGUGAAGCAGUCCCGAGUAUGCUUGAGGUGGCCAUUCAGAAUGCAAAAGCAUACCUGCUGAGUACAAGCAGCAAGUCUGGCUUAAACCUAUAUGAUCAUCUUUCUAAAGUGUUGACCAAGAUACUAGAUGAACGACCUGCAGAUGCUGUUGACAUCAUUGAAAAUAUAAGCCAGGAUGUGAAAAUGGCACAUUUUAAUAAAAAAUUAGAUACACUCCACAAUGAAAAUGAGAUGCUUCCAGCAUAUGAAAUAGCAGAGACACAGAAGGCUCUUUUUCUCCAGGGACAUUUGGAAGGAGCUGAUUCAGAACUGGAGGAGGAAAUUACAGAAAGCUCUCUGCCCAAUGUGAUGGAAUCAGCUUAUUAUUUUGAACAAGCUGGAGUUGGUUUGGGGACAGAUGAGACUUACCGAGUAUUUCUUGCCCUAAAGCAACUUACUGACACACACCCAAUCCAAAGAUGCCGCUUCUGGGGCAAGAUCUUGGGUCUGGAAAUGAACUAUAUUGUUGCCGAAGUGGAAUUUCGUGAUGGUGAAGAUGAAGAGGAGAUGGAAGAGGAAGGGAUAGCUGAGGAGAGGGACAAUGGAGGAAGUGAAGCCGGUGAAGGCGAGGAGGAUGAACUACCGAAGCCUUUAUAUAAGGCCCCACAGGCUAUACCUAAGGAAGAAUGUAGAACAGGUGCCAACAAGUAUGUCUAUUUUGUUUGCAACAUGCCUGGAAGGCCAUGGGUAAGGUUACCAUCAGUUACACCUGCACAAAUUGUCACUGCAAGAAAAAUCAAGAAAUUUUUCACUGGGCGACUAGACGCAGCUGUUGUAAGCUACCCACCCUUCCCAGGAAAUGAGAGCAAUUACUUAAGAGCACAAAUUGCCCGCAUUUCAGCAGGGACCCAUGUCAGCCCUCUGGGAUUCUAUCAGUUUGGUGAAGAGGAAGGAGAGGAAGAAGAGGUGGAAGGUGGUCGAGACAGCUAUGAAGAAAACCCUGACUUUGAAGGCAUCCAAGUGAUUGACCUGGUGGACUCUCUAUCCAAUUGGGUUCAUCAUGUGCAGUAUAUUCUUCCUCAGGGUCGCUGUAAUUGGUUCAACCCUACACAAAAAGAUGAGGAAGAAGAAGAAGAAGAAGAAGAAGAUGAUGAAGAAAAAGGGGAAGAGCCUGACUACAUAGAGCAGGAAGUGGGGCCUCCUCUUUUGACACCCAUCUCUGAAGACUUGGAGAUUCAGAAUAUACCCUCUUGGACAACACGGCUGUCCUCAAAUCUCAUUCCACAGUAUGCCAUCGCUAUCCUUCGAUCCAAUCUUUGGCCUGGAGCAUAUGCCUUUUCCAAUGGCAAGAAGUUUGAAAACUUCUACAUAGGCUGGGGUCAUAAGUACAGUGUGGAGAAUUACACACCCCCAGGCCCACCACCAGUUUUUCAAGAAUAUCCCAGUGGACCAGAAAUUACAGAAAUGGAUGAUCCCAGUGUGGAGGAGGAACAGGCUUUCAGGUUGACACAAGAGACAGUUGCACUUUCAGCUGAGGAGAAUGAAGAAACUGAAGAUGAAGAUGAUGACGAUGAUGAUUAAUACAAAACUAGCCCAACCUUUUAUGACACUAACACACACAAUCUUUUAUGGGGAACUGAUUUUA